AUGGCUUCUUCUCCUAGUGGGACUUCCUCCGGAUCCAGCCAGCUCCAGAAUUCUGGUUCAGAAGAAGACCUGCAGGCCGUGAUGGACCAAAAGAAGCUAAGGCGAAUGAUAUCGAACCGCGAAUCCGCGAGGCGGUCGAGGAUGCGCAAGCAGAAGCAUUUGGACGAGCUGAUGGCACAUCUGAACCAGCUGAGGAAGGAGAACCGCCAGCUCUCGACAGCCUUCAGCCUCACCAAGCAGCAGUAUGUUGCAGUGGAGGCUGAGAACUGUGUCUUGAGGGCUCAGAUGAUGGAGCUUGGCAACAGGCUGCAGUCUCUUGAUGAGAUCCUCAGCUUCCUUAACAUGAACAUCAACAUCAGUGGUCAUCAAAUGAUUGACAAUUCCAUCAAAUGUUUGAAUCAGCCCAUCAUGGCCUCAGCAGACAUGUUCUACUAUUGA